AUGGGAUUAUAUAAUGUAUCGGAUCCUAUCAGGUGCAAAAUUUUUCCCACAACCCUAAAGGAAAGUGCUCAAAAGUGGUAUGAGAGCUUGCUAGAUGGCUCUAUAUAUGAUUUUGCUAUGCUUACUGAACUAUUCAAAGCUCAAUUCAUCACUAGCAUUCCUCCAAAGAAGAGAUUGAGUGAUUUGAAGAAGUGUAUUCAGAGGCCUGAUGAGAGUUUAAAGGACUUCGUGGAGAGGUUCAAUAGGAAAGCUGUCCAAGUAGAAAAGCUUAACCAGGACACAACUAUUGAUGUAAUGAUCGACAAUACCUGUAUGAACAAGUUCAAAGAUUUGCUAACUAUCGACCUAACAGAGUCAUAUGCCAAGCUCAUGGACCGAGCUUAUAAUUUUAUCAAAAUGGAUGAAGAUUACCGACUGGGAAGGAGAACCGAUUAUGAUAAUCGAUCAAGAGGCAAAUCUGACCAACCUAAGCAGGGUCCAGGGAUGACAAAAGAGAGGGUGACUCAAGGAGCAACAGUGAGAAAGACUUUAUUUAUUUAA